UCGGCAAUCGCCAGUCGUGUCGUAUCAGUAGUUUUGCAUGGUCUUUCGUCAGUUGUUGUUUGCUCGAGCUCGGACCCAUCACUUCUUUCCAUCGGCCUUGGCGAUCGGCCGAUAUUAAUGUUAUUAUUAUUAUUAUUAUCAUCAUUAUCAAAUGCCGACCACCGCAACGGCCUUUAUCAACGAAGAAAAAAAUACCGAGAAAAAUAAGAAAACUCAGAAUCGUUCGCGUUAUUCUGCAUUCGUAAUCAUCGCCACCACUCGUCGAUCGUGGGUACUUUAAUCGUUCUGUUAUCUUCUGCUGCGUGCGAUGGACUGAACAGAAAGCUAUGCACGCACAGCGCGCCACUACCGUUCUUUCGCCAAACGCGCGUUACGCUUAUGUCCGACACGCCGCACCGUGCGAGCGCAGUAUCGUGUUCGAAGAUCACAACACCUUGGUAAACUGAAAAGCACCUAUGUUAAUGACAGUUUACAAAACCUGAGUAUCUACAGCUCGAUAAUAAUUGUAGUAAGUCUUACCCGCACAAGUCGUUUGGAUUCGUGUAUUACACGAAAUAAUAUUAUAAUAACAUGAAAGCGGCUAGUCCGUUCUCUGUGAACAAAAUGGAAAACCAAUAUGUCGACAACGACGAAGACAACUACUCAGAUGCCAGCUCAUCGCUGGCUCCCAACGGUUCAGUAGUGUCAACAGUGCCUGACAGACAUGGUUUCUUAGGUGGUGCCCAAUACCUCAACGAAUCGAAACACAUGAUAUCAGCUAACAAAACAAUAGAACGUGAACGAAAAUGGCUUAAUAUGACUGCCAAUUGGGAUAAACAAAUGAUUAGGAAUUUUAAAAAAGUACAAAACAGAUGUAGAAAAGGAAUACCUCAAUCAAUCAGGCCCAGAGCUUGGUUGUAUUUAACUAAAGCAAAUAAAUUGUUGGACCAAAAGAAAAAUUUAUAUUUUAAGCUAUGUGACCAGCCAGGAGAUCGUAAAUGGAUUGAAGACAUAAGAAAAGAUCUACAUCGACAGUUCCCAUAUCAUGAGAUGUUUGUCGACAACGAUGGAACAGGCCAAAAAGAAUUAUUCAAUGUUCUCAAAGCGUAUACAAUAUUAAACCCUGUAAUUGGAUAUUGUCAAGCACAAGCUCCAAUUGCUGCAUUUCUUCUCAUGCACAUGCCAGCUGAGCAAGCAUUUUGGUGUUUCGUAGCAAUUUGUGACGAUUACCUUAGUGAUUACUACAGUCCAGGAAUGGAAACAUUGAUUAGAGAUGGUAACAUACUUUUUGCAUUGUUAAAAGAACGUGAGCCAAAAAUUUACAAACUUUUGAAAAAGCAAUGCAUUGAUCCAAUUAUGUAUAUGACUGAAUGGUUCUUAUGUGCUUUCACAAGAACAUUGCCAUGGCCCACUUUGUUGAGAUUUUGGGAUAUAUUUUUAUUUGAUGGCAUUAAAACAUUUUUCAAAAUGGGUUUAAUAAUGAUUAAAAUAUCAUUACCAGAAAAAUCAUAUUCAGAUCUCAAAAAACGUUUUCCUACCAUGUGUGAAACUUUAGAAGCCUUGCGAAAUCCACCAUUACAUAUGCUUGAGGAAGAGAGAAUUAUUAAAAAGCUCAUAUUGUUAGAAAUACCCGAAGAUACGUUCAAAUAUUACCACAUACAACAGUCCUCGUUAAGGCGAAAAACAAAAGAAACAAAAAAAGUUCGAGAAACUGAUGUGUUCUGAACAUUUGCAAUGACUAUUUUACAAAAAGUUACCUUAAGGAAAACAGGUUAAUAAUAAGAGUAUAAUUCUAAUCUAAUAUAUAAAAUAUAUAUUAAACUGGUCCUUUAAUAUUAUAUAUUGACACAGAAGAAUUUGUAUUAUUAUUGUUAGUCUUCCAUAUUUGUAAUAUUAUGUUUAAUAUUAUUUUAUUGUUAUAUAUUUUAAACUUUAUUUAGGAGACUCAAGUAAAAUUGUUGACUAAUAUAUUUUAAUUCAUUUGGUGCU